AAAAGCGCGCCAAUUAUCAUAUGAUGGCACUACCAGUAAAUGAUCUACUGCGGAUCUGUCAUAUUUGUCAAACUUUGUGAUUGUCAAAAUAUCAGUAAACAAAUAUAUUAUCAAAUAACACAAUGGACGUGCUAGACCUGCUCGAAAAACGCAUUGCAGCACUAGAGCUUCAAGUUUUGCCCAAAAACGGUGAUGUUACGGGAUCGCAGGUUAUAACCGAUUUAUUAAUGCAGACGCACACGAUGCUGCAAUCCGCCCUCAGUUGUCGUGAAUCUAUUACCACCAUCUUGAACUACAUGAACACAAUUAAUGAUUAUUUGGAUCCGAACAAUGGAGAGAGUGAACUUGAAAUUGAUGCAAAAAGACAUGCUCUUUUAGAGUUGUAUCCUGAGUUAAAGGACACUGUCCAAUUGGUUUCCACUAUUGAAAGUCUCACUCCUUAUACAGACUCAGCGAACAUAAUGAAAGUUACAGAGUUAUCAGGAAAGUUGGAACAGCUUGCAGUUACUAAUUUAGGAAUCUAUGAUGAAAAUAGAGAAUACACCCAUAAUGUUAUUAAAUGCUUACAACAAUAUAAUGAUAUUACUAGUUCAAUUAAGAUUUUGUUUGGCCAAUUGGAUAAAGCCAUGACUGAUCUAGAAAUUGCACUAGAACCUAAAAUUACUGCUGAAGAAUAGUAUAAUUUAUUUAUUACUGAAUUGUAUUUAAUUUUAUCAAAUUAAUUAAGAAAUAAAAAUAUUGGAUGUCCAGCUUUAAUUGUUGGAAGUUUAAAUUUUUAUAUCCAACUAAUACUUAAGAUAUAUAUAUGUAUUUUGUUUUAUAUUGUGUUAUAAAUUUUAAUAAAAAAUUAUAGAUAGAA